AACAGAUGCAGCUACUUCAACAGCCGUCCAGUAAGAAAGUCAAGCAGCUGGUGUUCCAGCAGCUCCUCCAACUCCAGCAGCAGCACCAGCAACUCCUCCAGGCACAGAAGCCAACGCUGUCCUCUCCUGCAGCUCUCCCAGCAGCAUGUCUCAGCUCUGCAGAGAUGCAGCAGAUAUGGAAAGAGCUCACAUUUGGAAUAACUGAAGAUAAAAUCGUAACAAACUCUUCAGCUCAGAAAACGUCAACAGAAGCUACCGGGAGACUGAGCAGUGACCAGCAGUCGGUGUCUCCUCACAGGGCAGAACGCGCUGGAAAGGGUGAUCAAGCUGCUGUACACACUCUUUUUGCCCAUGGAGUGUGCAACUGGCCUGGCUGUGAAGCAAUCUGUGAAAGCUUCACCCAGUUUAUCAAGCACAUGAGCAGUGAACACACUCUGGACGACAGAAGCACAGCCCAAUGCAGAGUCCAGACGCAGGUUGUUCAGCAGCUUGAGCUUCAGCUCUGCAAAGAACGGGAUCGCCUGCAAGCAAUGAUGGCUCACCUGCAUCUGCCUUCCUUAGAAGCUGAAUCGCUGCAGCUUGAAACGGCCGCUGACCCUCGAGGCCCACAGGCCAGUCCAACAGUAGUCACCAGCAAACUGAGACAGCUGGACUCUGCCCAGGUGUCCCCCAGACCUCUGGACCCAGUCACGUCUGCAUCCCAGAGUUGUGAAAAAGUCUCACCAACUUUAUUGUCUGCUGGAGCCAUAAGACGUCGUCACCACCCUUUGGUCUUUUCUCUGUCUUCGGAAAAUGAAUAUGAGCUUUACAAGAACACUGAUAUAAGACCACCUUUCACCUACGCAACACUGAUUCGACAGGCUAUUAUGGAAGCAUCAGACAUGCAGCUAACACUCAAUGAGAUAUACAACUGGUUCAUGAGGACGUUUGCAUAUUUCAGGCGCAACGCUGCCACUUGGAAGAACGCUGUUCGCCACAACCUGAGCCUGCACAAGUGCUUCGUGCGCGUGGAGAACGUGAAAGGUGCCGUGUGGACGGUGGACGAGGAGGAAUACCAGCGGAGGAGAUCGCAGAAGACGACUGGAAGUCCAACAAUGACAAAAAAUGUGUCCCCCAAUCUGGGUUUUGGUACGACUCUGCAUGCCACCUUGCAGGCUGCACUAGCAGAGGCAUCGCUACCAGGAUGCAAGAAGGGAAGCAUGAAGAGAAACUUCAGGAGUCCUUUACAGGACAACAAAGCAGCAGAUGGGAACAGCCACAAAACUCCAAACAUUCCUCAAUUGCAGCAGCAGCUUUUCUUCCAGGAUGAAGAACUGAAUAUGAAUGACCAAGAAUGUCUGUAUACAAACAAUGAAACCAGCCAGUCUGCAGCAGAAUAUGACCCAAAAUGGUGAAGAGCAUUUAUUUAACCUCGAAUGACUCGUUGAAGUCAACAAAAUAUUAAACCAUAAAGCAGUAAAACAAGCACUCAUUGAGCCACAGCCAGAAAUCCUCAUCAAAAUGGAGACAUUUGAUCAUGCUGUAUGGUUCUUGCUGUAUAUUCAUAUUCAUGAAAAUAGUAUCUCUCUAAAUGUCUGGAACAAUCAACUUUGCCCGUUACAUUUCAAUCUUAACUCAAGAGAAGAAAAAUGCCAGAGCUGCAGGACUUGUCAAAAUACUCUGUGCAUUUAACGAAAUUGCUUUUAUCUUUUAAUAGAGGGGUAAAAAUUGGUAAAAACAGGUAAAAAGUAUGCGGAGUUGU